AUGGAGGUUCCAGCCCCCGCUCCUCGACUGCCAACCCCACCGCCUGCCCCUACCGUUCGUUAUUCUUGGUCCGAGUACAAUCCCAAUAUCAGCGUGCUCUAUAUACGCACUCACCAGGAGGCAAACUUGCAGCUUUCCAAACUCGGAUCUCAUCCUCAGGUCUUGGGCUUCGAUCUAGAGUGGAAACCCAACUUUCGCAAAGGAGCUCCAGAAAAUCCUGUUGCCCUCGUACAGCUUUCCAAUUAUGAUUUUAUAUUUCUUUUGCAGAUCUCCUCGAUGCAAGAGUUUCCAUCAAAGUUGGCAGCAAUUCUAGCUAACCCUCUCAUUGUAAAAGCCGGUGUUGGUAUCCAAAACGACUCUAAGAAAAUGUACACUGAUUGUCGCAUACCGAUGUAUAAUUGCGUCGAUUUGUCGCUUUUGGCCCGUACAGUAGACAACGCUCGUUGGAAGGGGAAAUAUAAUAAUCCCCUUGGUCUUGCUCGCCUCGUCGAAGCAUACGAGUUCCGUUUGUUGCCUAAAGGCAGAACCACUCGCAGUAACUGGGAGGCUACUCUAGAUGAUCUCCAAAUUGAAUAUGCUAGUAACGAUGCCCAUGCCGGAUAUAUCCUGUACAAAAAAUUGGAAGCUAUGAUACCUUUACUUGCCGAUCCUCCUAAGAGUAUCUGGUACACCUUCAAUCAAGUCUCAGGCCAGCUUGUCAACUCUGAUGGAUUUCCCUGGCAUGCGUACAAUCCCAAUUAUGAUCCUGGCCCCCCUCCACCGCCAAGGAUUCCCAGAGAGCCCAAAUCAGUGGACGGUCAAGAUGAAGAAUCUCAUAGUAUAGUCGAGCAAGGAGACAACUUUCCGUCGUCCCGUAAGAGGCAUCGUAACCAUCAUCAAACAUCUAGAAGAGAGAGCGAAAAGCCUCCCUCCAAUGAUACGCCAAGGCAUCUUAAUGCAACUUCAUUCCAGGAACACGCUCAGAACGCAGGACAAUCGUCCAAUGGGUUUGGCCAGCACACUCGUAAAUUCCGUACGCAAUACCGCAGCAAUGCCGAGCACGACACUGUUUUCUCAACAGGAUCUUCUGCGCAGUCCCGGGAUGAUACCACGCACAGCAGCAUACUCCCUUCCAAGAAUAGACGUCGCAGAUGGCGGGAUUUGAACAGACCCUAA